AUGCCUGCCUUGGGCGGCUUUGGCGGGUCUGGAGGCUACUCGUCCUCCGGGUCCUCCUCCUCGUCGUCGUCCAACAGCUUCGGCGGCAGCAUCGCGUAUAGCACCCAGGACGGAGGCGCCUACGACUACCAGCCACCCCAGCAGCCCCAGCAGCCGCAACAACCGCAGCAGCCGCAGCAGGGCUACGGCGCGCCCGCCCCCGCACCACAGCCCACGUACAAUGCGCCCGCGCCCCAGCCCAGCUACCAGGCCCCGCAGCAGCCGUCCUCCGGCUACGGGGCACCUCAGCCGGCACCGCAGCCUGCUUACAGGCCGCCCGCUCCAGCUCCCCAGCCGAGCUACCAGGCCCCCCAGCAACCUUCCAGCGGCUACGGCGCGCCCUCCAUCACCCCAUCCAUCCCCAUAGCCUCGUUCACCAUUCCGCCCAGCCGACCAUCGCCGCCUGCCACCAGCUACGGCGUGCCUGAGCAGCCCGCCCCCGUGCCUCAGCGCCCCACUACCUCGUACGGAGCUCCUGCGCCACAGUCCAGCUACCAGGCUCCUGCACCUCAACCCAGCUACCAGGCUCCAGCUCCCCAGCCCAGCUACCAAGCACCGGCUCCUCAGCCCAGCUACCAAGCUCCUCAACCUAGCUACCAGGCACCAGCUCCUCAACCCAGCUACCAGGCUCCAGCUCCCCAGCCCAGCUACCAGGCUCCGGCACCUCAGCCCAGCUACCAGGCACCCCAGCAGCCGUCGUCCAACUAUGGCCCCCCAUCCAGGCCGCAGCCCCCCUCAACUAGCUAUGGAACUCCGGUGCAACAGACCUACUCGCCACCACCAAGACCUCAACCGCAGCCCAGACCCCAGCCGCCAUCGACCAGCUACGGCACUCCGGCGCAGAGUUACUCCCCGCCCUCGCAGAGCUACGGCGCCCCAGCCCAGCGUCCAGCACCCCAGCCGAGCUACCAGCCGCCACCCCAACAGCCAUCGUCCGGCUACGGCGCCCCCGCCCCUGCCCCCCAGCCGAAUUACCAACCGCCUCCAAGGCCUUCCUCCAACUAUGGCGCACCAGCUCCUCCUCCUCAACGACCUUCAUCAAACUACGGCGCGCCUGCCCCCCAGCCAAACUACCAGCCGCCACCUCAGAGGCCUUCGUCUAGCUACGGGGCUCCCGCACCUGCACCACAAAGGCCGUCCUCCAACUACGGCGCUCCCGCACCUCCACCUCAAAGACCGUCUUCGAACUACGGCGCCCCGGCCCCCGCCCCCCAGCAGAACUACCAACCGCCCCAAAGGCCAUCCUCUAACUAUGGCGCACCAGCUCCUCCGCAACGACCCUCAUCAAACUACGGAGCACCGGCCCCACAGCCAAGCUACCAGCCGCCACCACAGAGGCCCUCAUCUAGCUACGGUGCUCCUGCACCCCAGCCGAGCUACCAGCCACCUCCUCCCCCUCGCCCUUCGUCCAGCUACGGCGCCCCCGCCCCGCGGCCUCAGCAGCCCUCGUCUAGCUAUGGAGCCCCAGCACCUCAGCCUAGCUACCAGGCGCCAGCCCCACAGCCCAGUUACCAAGCGCCAGCCCCACAGAACAGCUACCAGGCGCCAGCCCCGCAGUCCAGCUACCAGGCGCCGGCCCCGCAGCCCAGCUACCAGGCGCCAGCUCCACAGCCCAGCUACCAGGCACCUGCCCAACAGCCCUCACAGAGCUAUGGCGCGCCUAACAGAGUGCCGGACACUAUUCCUCAAAAGUACGACAGCCAAGGAGGAUAUGUUUUCUAAAUGACCUAAAGGGAGUCCUUACCCACCGUUAAUGUAUUUUUUGUACAUAUGUAAAUGACAAAAAAAUCUCAGUUUUAGUUCACUAUGAUGACCUUUUAAAAAGAAACAAUUUAGAUUUGUAAGGACAAAAUCUAUUUUAGCUCACUGCAACAUUGAAACAAAAAGUUACCAUUUGCUUUAUUUAUUAGCGGGGCCAAUAAUUUAUGAGAGGGAAAGCAUGUGGCCGGCCUAUGUUGUUAAACUGUUAAUUCAAAGCUGACAAUGGCUGUCGCCAUACUUGUCGUUUUUAGUGAUACGCUUAUUUUGUCUUCUAAUACGAAAUGUUUAGGUAUGAGACUGACGUCGUAUUUGAAAUUUGUUGUUACCAUUUCUCAACCAAACCCACUAAGAAGUCGUAUCUGGUCGUUUUAAGUUACCAGUUCUUGGAUUCUUGCCAAUCCUCUAUUUAUGAAAUAAGUGAGAAAGAGAAGAAUGCAUGUCUGAUGAGUGCGUGUUUGUGAAUGUCCGCGGUAUUUGUUCAAGUUACCAUGUUCCCAUUCACAUUUUUGUGCAUUGGAAAGCAAUAAAUAUUUUUGUAACGAA